AUUUCAUCAUUCUCCCUUCUCGCAUUACGGCGGUCCAUGCUUCUUCGCGGCGCGGCAUCGGCACUGCUGAGGACCAGCACUGAGAUUUUCCGCUCCUGCCCGCUGUCCACGGUCCGGUUUGUUCAGCAGUCACUUCGCUACUCGCGUAAAAACCGACCGUUUUCAACGUCGGUGUGCUUGUGUAAGAAGAAGAAGACGAGCCUGUGGCUGCAGCUGGCGGAAGGACAAACCAUGGACGGCAACAUUGAGGAGAUUCUCGCCCCUUUGAGGCUUGCAGUCAAAGAACAGGGGGACCUGGUUCGCCAGAUGAAACAGGAUGGAGCUCCAGAUGUGGAUAUUACUAAAGCUGUAGCAGAACUAAAGGCCAGGAAGAGGACUCUGGAGGCCAAGGAGUUGGCGUUGCAACCUAAAGAUGACAUCGUGGACAGAACCAAGAUGGAGGAUACCCUCAAGAGGCGAUUCUUCUAUGACCAGGCCUUCGCUAUCUAUGGAGGUGUGAGCGGCCUGUACGACUUCGGCCCUGUGGGCUGUGCCUUAAAGAACAACAUCCUGCAGGCGUGGAGGCAGCACUUCAUCCAGGAGGAGCAGAUCCUGGAGAUCGACUGCACCAUGCUGACCCCCGAGCCCGUCCUCAAGACUUCAGGACAUGUGGACAAAUUUGCUGACUACAUGGUGAAAGAUGUCAAGAAUGGUGAAUGCUUCAGGGCUGACCACCUCCUCAAAGCACAUCUUCAGAAACUGAUGUCUGAUAAGAAGUGCACAGCAGAGAAGAAGGCUGAGAUGGAGGGUGUCAUAACCCAGCUGGACAACUACACCCAACAAGAGCUGUCCGAUCUCUUUGUGAAAUACAGCGUCAAGUCGCCCACCACAGGAAACGAGCUCACACCUCCCAUCUCCUUCAACCUGAUGUUUCAGACAUCCAUCGGACCAGGGGGGAAUAUGCCAGGCUAUCUGAGGCCUGAAACAGCUCAGGGAAUAUUCCUCAACUUCAAGCGUCUUUUGGAAUUCAACCAGGGAAAACUGCCAUUCGCUGCUGCUCAAAUAGGAAACUCCUUCAGGAACGAAAUCUCUCCUCGCUCUGGACUCAUUCGUGUUAGAGAGUUCACCAUGGCUGAGAUUGAGCACUUUGUGGACCCGAAUGAAAAGGUCCACCCCAAAUUCCCCAAUGUAGCUGAUCUGGAGAUCAUGUUAUACUCCUCCAAGGCCCAGACUAGUGGCCAGUCUGCACAGAUAAUGAGGCUGGGGGAUGCUGUAGAGCAGGGAGUGAUCAACAACUCCGUCCUGGGAUAUUUCAUCGGGAGGAUCUACCUCUACCUUACUAAAGUUGGAAUUGCCAAAGACAAGCUGCGUUUCCGACAGCACAUGGACAACGAGAUGGCUCACUACGCCUGUGACUGCUGGGACGCUGAAGCCAAAACCUCCUAUGGCUGGAUCGAGAUCGUGGGUUGCGCUGACCGGUCAUGUUACGAUCUGCAGUGCCACGCACGGGCCACAAAGGUCCCUCUGGUUGCUGAAAAGCCUCUAAAAGAACCUAAAACUGUAAAUGUUGUGCAGUUCGAGCCCAACAAAGGAGCCAUUGGGAAGGCAUAUAAGAAGGAUGCUAAGCUAGCCAUGGAGUACCUUUCUGUGUGUGAUGAAUGCUUCAUUACAGACCAGGAACAGCUGCUCAAUGAGACUGGAGAGUUCACCAUCGAGACCGAAGGCAAGACGUUCAAACUCACAAAGGACAUGGUCAGCGUGAAGCGGUUCCAGAAGACUCUGCACGUGGAGGAAGUUGUUCCCAACGUGAUCGAGCCCUCCUUUGGCAUUGGUAGGAUCAUGUACACCAUCUUUGAGCACACAUUCCAUGUCAGAGAAGGCGACGAACAAAGAACGUACUUCAGCUUCCCUGCUACUGUAGCUCCUUACAAAUGCUCCGUCCUGCCUCUGAGUCAAAACCAAGAAUUCAUGCCUUUCGUAAGAGAAUUAUCUGAGGCUAUGACCAAAAAUGGCGUGUCUCACAAGGUUGACGACUCUUCAGGAUCCAUCGGGCGGCGCUACGCCAGGACAGAUGAGAUUGGAGUGGCGUUUGGAAUCACCAUUGACUUCGACACAGUGAACAAAACGCCUCACACAGCCACUCUGAGAGACCGCGACUCAAUGAGGCAAAUCAGGGCUGAGGUCAGUGAGCUGCCCGGGAUUGUUCGGGAUUUGGCCAACGGCACAUUGACCUGGGCAGAAGUGGAGAGCAAGUACCCCAUCUUUGAAGGACAGGAGACCAGCAAGAAGGACACAAACGAAGAAUAAAGUUCACUCAUCUGCCAGCCACUCCAUGAAAAAUCCACAGACUCGUUGCUUUAUGCCUCACCAGGAAGAAUACUGCGACCGAAUUGUGACGAGCUGUAGUAGUGGUGCACAGAGCCCUCCUUGUGUUCCACACCACUGCAAUCACUAAAUUGUCAUGUAUUUAUCAUAUCUUUACAGUUGUGGCAAAGCUUGCACAGGACUGUUGUUCCAUUGAUGAGCAGCAUUUCAUCCAUGUACGACCAUCCCAAUAUGUUGUAAAAGGGAGAAAAUGUAAUCAGGGUGUUGUCAGUGGAAGGAAACUUCCACCAUUCCAGUUUUCAGGCAGAUGUGAUUGAGCUAUUUAACAGUUUCAAUAAAAAGAGUCAGCACUUACAGGACACGGACAGAGAA